ACCACUACCCGCUGCUCUUAACAUUUUCCACGCACCUUCCUAAUUUCUUCUGUUUUCUUUCGUAUUGUCGUCUUCGCCAUUUUCUUUCCUCUUCUUCUUCUUUUUCUCAGCUCCAAACUUUUUCAUGAACUCUUACUACCACUAGUUUCUCUCUCUGUUUCUUUCUCAUGGCGUCCCAAAUCGAAGAUGGAGGUGAGAGGGACAUAGAGAAGGGUUUGUUGACUCCACCACCACCACCAUCGCCACAAGGUCAAAGCCCCCAUGCCGAACCGCCAUCGCCAUCGCCAUCGCCUUCACCAUCGCCGUCAUCGACAGCUUCGGCACCGGCCCUGGUGCUGUCGAACUCCGGCAAGCGGAUCGAUCAGGCCGGGAAGAAGAAAUACGUGAAGCAAGUGACCGGCAGGCACAACGACACCGAGCUUCACCUGGCUGCUCAGCGAGGUGAUCUGACCGCCGUGAAGCAGAUUCUCGAUGACAUCGAUUCGCAGAUUGUGGGGACUCUCAGUGGCGCCGACCGCGAUGCAGAGGUGGCCGAGGUCCGAGCUGCGGUGGUUAACGAGGUGAACGAGCUCGGAGAGACCGCCCUUUUCACUGCUGCGGAUAAAGGGCAUAUUGAUGUGGUUAAGGAAUUGCUAAAGUAUUCCAACAAAGAGGCACUGACGAAGAAAAACCGAUCUAUGUUCGACCCGCUUCACAUCGCUGCAACUCAGGGUCAUCAUGCAAUUGUCCAGGUGCUACUAGAUCAUGACCCUGGGCUAAGCAAAACCAUUGGCCCAUCAAAUGCAACCCCACUUAUAUCUGCAGCUACAAGAGGGCACACAGCUGUUGUAAAUGAACUAUUGGCAAAGGAUUGUAGCUUGUUGGAGAUUUCUAGAUCAAAUGGGAAAAAUGCAUUGCAUUUAGCUGCAAGACAGGGGCAUGUAGAGAUUGUAAAAGCGUUGCUGAGUAAGGAUUCACAAUUGGCCCGAAGGACUGACAAGAAAGGGCAAACUGCAUUGCAUAUGGCUGUUAAAGGGCAGAGCUGUGAAGUGGUGAAAUUGCUUCUUGAUGCAGAUGCUGCUAUUGUGAUGCUUCCAGAUAAAUUUGGUAACACAGCAUUACAUGUAGCAACCAGGAAAAAGCGAGCUGAGAUAGUGAGUGAGUUGUUACACCUUCCAGACACUAAUGUGAAUGCACUGACCAGAGACCACAAAACGGCUUUUGACAUUGCUGAAGGACUUCCUCUUUCUGAAGAAUCUUCAGAAAUAAUGGCGUGUCUUUCACACUAUGGUGCUGUCAGAGCUAAUGAACUGAACCAACCAAGGGAUGAACUGAGGAAAACUGUUACGCAGAUCAAAAAAGAUGUUCAUACACAGCUUGAACAAACUAGGAAAACAAACAAAAAUGUUCAUAACAUUUCCAAAGAGCUGAGGAAGCUCCACCGUGAGGGAAUCAACAAUGCAACAAACUCGGUUACUGUGGUGGCUGUGCUAUUCGCAACAGUUGCCUUUGCAGCUAUCUUCACGGUGCCUGGUGGUGAUAAUGAUGACGGGACGGCUGUGAUGGUCAAGAGUCCUCCUUUCAAAAUCUUUUUUAUCUUUAAUGCUGUUGCACUUUUUACAUCUUUGGCUGUUGUGGUUGUUCAAAUUACAUUGGUUAGAGGUGAGACGAAGGCAGAGAAAAGGGUAGUGGAGGUAAUCAAUAAAUUGAUGUGGCUGGCUUCGGUAUGUACAUCAGUGGCAUUUAUGGCCUCCUCUUACAUAGUAGUGGGCAAGCAUCAUCAGUGGGCUGCGAUUCUGAUUACAGUUGUGGGAGGAGUGAUAAUGGCUGCAGUUCUUGGCACCAUGACUUAUUAUGUUGUAAGGUCAAAGAGGAUCCGGAGCAUGAGGAAGAAGGAUAAGCAUCCUAGGAGAAGCGGUUCAAAUUCAUGGCAUCAAUCUGACUUCUCCAAUUCAGAAAUCGAUAGGAUAUAUGCCCUAUGAUGCGUGUACUGUAUAUUUAUUGGAAAUUUGCAGGACUGGUAGAGACUAGAAAAAUGAAUGUUGAACAAAUGAAAAGAAGUUAUAAGGUAUUCCUUCAGGAAUAGUCCUGGAGUUAAAUAAGACUAAUACAUUUGUGAGCC